ACAAGAGGGUGAUUUUAAACUCGGGAACACUUGGUCAAUCAAUCUCUUAUCAAGUCAUUGAUUCAUUUUAUUUAUGUUAACCAUUACCAAUGGUUGCAAUGAGCGGUUAAUCAAAAUCGUUAAAGGACAAUUAAAAAUUUAAAAUGGUGGAGUCGUCACCGUCGUCGUUAAUACCCGGCUUGACGGACGACGUAGCGGAGCUCUGCCUCUCGCGAAUCCCGCGAUAUGACUUUCGGAUCAUUUCUCAGGUCUGCCGGCGAUGGAGGAGGUUCCUCAAAAGCAAGCAUUUCUCAGCCGUUCGAAAGUUGACCGGACCGGUGGAGGAGUUCAUGUGUGUUCUGAUGAAAAGCCAGUCCCCAGAAGACGGCAGCAUGUGGGUAGAAUACUUGUACGGGGAAGUUUUCGACGCCUCCGGAAACAAUCUGGGACAGAUCCCCAGCGUCCCUGCGCCUUUGAAGUCCCAAUUCGGCGUCGAGGUGCUCGGUGGCGAAAAGAUCGUGCUCGUCGGUGGAUACGCGGAGGCUGAAGGAUUUCCGAUCGAUGGGACCACCCGUAUCUCUGCUUCUGCCGAUGUUUACGAGUUCGAUCCUGCGUCUAACAGCUGGAGGAAACUGGCGGGUAUGAACGUACCACGUCGCGAGUUUGCGUUUGCUGUAGUGGACGGCCUUUUGUAUGUGAUCCGAGGCUUUUCCUCAGAUGGGGAAUGCCUUCAAAGCUCGGAAGUGUACAACCCGGAAACUAACCAAUGGAGCUUCAUGGAUGAAUGUCCAGACCGCCCUGACUUUCAUCGUGCCUUCGCAUUCUCCUUCAAGUCCAAACUCUUCGUUGUAGUGGGGACUAUGGACAUGGGAAACUAAGUUUUUUCUUACAUAAUUUGAUGAUGAUGGCUUUUUUUUUCAGGCAAUGAAUCGAGGUUCAUUGACAUAUAUGACCCCAGAACUGAGACAUGGGAAGAGUUAGACUCGGGGCAAUCACUUUCGGUGUACUCCUACACUGUUGUUAGGAACAAGGUGUAUUUCUUUGACCAUAACAGUGACUAUAAAAAGCCGGAACUAGGGGUGUUUGAUCCAGAGGAGAAUUCUUGGAGCUCAGUGUCUGUGCCUCGGUCCCCGGGUGCUUACUGGUGUAAAGUAGGGGAAUGGAACAAUAAGGUUAUACUGGUUUCACCGCUCGGGGGACGUACCUUAAUUCGUGACCUUGAUAAAGAGAACGCGUCCAAGUGGAGAGACACACACAUUAAACCAUCUGGUUCUAACCCGACCAUCGUUCUCAUCAACUUCUGAUUUCCCCAUUUGGCUUCAUUUGUGCUUUGGCCCUCAACUUCGUCAAUGGUUUCUAUAUUUAUAGUGUCCAUGCCUACUAAACUUGUGUAAACAUGUUUUCACAGAUUGUUUUGCAUUGCUUUGUUUCUGAAGCAGAGGGAGAAAAUUUAAAAAAACCCAUUUAUGAUGUUUAUUAAUCAUCUUUUGUAUGUUGCUGAAAAAAAAAUCUGCCGUAUGUUCAAGAAAGUAUCUUGUUGUGAAAGCCUGAAUACUUCAUUCUUUUUAGUGUUGUUUAUCU